AGUGAAUACAAUGAAGCCAAUAAAGCAAGAAAUACUGAUGUGGCAGAACAAGGCCGAAGUAUUACAAAAUAAAGUGAAGGAGUUGGAAGCCCUGAACAGUGAGCUUCGGCAGCAAGUAGUGGAGCUUUCAGCACAGCAAAAUGAUCUGAUUCCUAGAACAUCAGUGGCACAUGAAGAAACUGGGGCUGUUGACCUAUCUAGUGAUGGGAACACAUCAACUGAUGUAGAAUCAUCAGUCACAGAAGAAUCAUGUGAUGACUCCUCUUCAAGUUCAAGUUCAGAAGGGACUCGUCAAAGAAGAAAAACAAAGAAAAGCAAAAACAAGAAAAACAAAAGCAAGAAACAUAAGAAGAACAAGAGGAAGGACAAGAAUGAAUAUGACAAGAUAAAACGAGCCAACAAUGUUCGUGAUGUUUUACGUCGAUACAAAAGGCUUUUGAAGCUAACGCGACGUGGAGCAACCAUGACCAAAGCCUUCAGAAAAGAGGGUGUCUCUCGGAAUGCAGUGGCUCAGCUCGCCCCUAUCGCGGAGCUCUACUUUGCAGACAGGGUCCAGUUCAACAGCAUCAGCUUCACCCCAGGGAAGCUAGCCGAGUUCGCGGAGAAGUGCAGAGAACACAUUGUGGGGGACGUUAAAGAAAAAGUGCUAGCAAUGAAAAUAAAAGGUUCACUUUUGCCUUUUUGCCUAAAUAAGUGA